AUGAAUGAAUAUACUUAUGUUAAAACUGAUUAAGUAGAUCGCAAUAACAUUUCAAAUUAUUCUCAGAAAAAUUAAAAUAUAAACAUUCAAUCUAUUAAAUAGAAAGAAAUAUAUAAAUAGCAAGGAAUAGGCAUUGUUCAUAGAAUAGUAAUAACUACUUAAAGAAAAAAACCAAAAUAGUAUAAAAUGACAAGAAAUGAUUAGGAUCAUGACUAUAUUUUUAAAAUAGUAUUGAUUGGAGAUUCAGGUGUUGGAAAAUCAAAUUUACUUUCAAGAUUUACAAAAGAUGAAUUUAAUUAGGAUUAGAAAACUACAAUUGGUGUAGAGUUUGCAACCCGUUCAAUUAUGGCUGAUAACAAACUUAUAAAAGCAUAGAUUUGGGAUACAGCUGGUUAAGAAAGAUAUGUGGCAAUCACAAGUGCCUAUUAUCGUGGGGCAGUAGGAGCUCUUCUUAUUUAUGAUAUCACUAAGCACUCUUCUUUUAUUAACAUAUAAAAAUGGUUAGAUGAAAUCAGAGACCAUGCCGAACCUCAUAUUGUCGUCAUGUUAGUAGGAAAUAAAUCAGAUUUAAAACACUUGAGAUAAGUUAGGUAAGAAGAUGCCACAGCUUUCGCAGAAAAAAAUAAUAUAGCGUUUAUUGAAACAUCAGCAUUAGAUGCUUCCAACGUAGAAUUGACAUUUUAAAGAAUUAUUACAGAAAUAUAUUAGUUGUUGAACAAAAGGUCUAUGGUCCCAGAAAAUAACGAAAGCCAAGUCUCCAAUAAAAAAGGAGAAAGUUUAAAAAGUAAUAAAUUAUAAACGAAAAUGAACUAGUCUAGAGGAGUUAGUAAUUAGCCUAAUAAUAAAGAUAAUUAACAGAGUAAUGAUUAGUGUUGUUGA